AUGCUCUCGCAGCAGGCUACACUUUGUUGUCGUGCCGCUGGCGGCCACAACGCCGGUCACACCAUUGUUCACGGCAAUGUCACCUAUGACUUCCACAUUCUCCCUUCCGCUCUCGUCUCGCCGUCGUGUAUCAACCUCAUCGGUGCCGGAACCGUGGUGCACGUUCCCAGCUUCUUCAAGGAAUUGGCCGCUCUCGAAGAGAAGGGCUUGAAGGGUGCCAGUGAGCGUGUCUUCAUCUCUGACCGUGCUCACGUCUGCUUUGACUUGCACUCUGUCGUUGAUGGUCUGGAGGAGGCCGGCUUGGGUGGUCGCAAGGUCGGCACCACCGGUAAGGGUAUCGGUCCCUGCUACAGUGACAAGGCCGCUCGUCGCGGUGUUCGUGUCGGAGAGAUUCUGGACCAGGAGAAGUUCGAGCGCAAGCUGCGCACUUUGGACAUUGCCUACCGCGCACGUUACGGCGAAUUGGCGUACAAUGUCGAGGAGGAGAUUGCUCGGUUCAAUGAAUACCGCAAGCUUCUUGCCCCUCACAUUGUCGACCAGCUCGCCUUCCUUCAGAAGCACAAAGACUCUCCCAACACCUUGGUUGAGGGUGCUAACGCACUCAUGCUUGACCUCGACCACGGAACCUACCCCUUCGUGACCUCCUCCUCCACCGGCCUGGGUGGUGCCAUCCAAGGCCUUUCCCUGAACCCCUCCAAGAUCACCUCUGUUAUCGGUGUUAUCAAGGCAUACACCUCCCGUGUGGGCUCCGGUCCAUUCCCCAGUGAGCAGCUCAACGCCGAUGGUGAGAAGCUGCAGUCUGUCGGUAGAGAAUUCGGUGUCACCACUGGCCGCCGUCGUCGCUGCGGUUGGUUGGACCUUGUCGUCUGCCGCUACUCCCAGGCUAUCAACCACUACACCGCCCUCAACCUGACCAAGCUCGACAUCCUCGACGACUUCGAUGAGAUCAAGGUCGGUGUCGCUUACAUCCUCCCCGACGGCACCCGUACCGAGUGCUCGUUCCCCGCCGAUUCCGAUCUCCAGGAGAAGGUCAAGGUCGAGUACGUCACCCUCCCUGGCUGGAAGAGUAACACCAUGGGUGCCCAGAAGUACGAGGACCUCCCCGCCAACGCCCGCGCCUACAUCGAGUUCAUCGAGCACGAACUGGGCGGCGUCCCCAUCAAGUGGAUUGGUACUGGUCCUUCCAGAGACCACAUGAUCAGCCGCGAGUAA